UAAAGUAUUCAAAGAAUCACAGUUCACAACAAAACCAAAGAGUUAAAUCUCCACACCCAAAAAAAUAUCCCACCACCGUCUGCCCUCCGCAUCCACCACUCUUUCUCUCUCCAACCUUUAAAUUCUACCAGAAAUGGCGGCGGCGCUACGAGCUACGUCCUCCGCUAUAUCAAAAACAAUCACCAGCGGCAGCAGCAGAACACCACCGUUGUUUGGUGGAGCACGGUGGUCGUCUUCGUGGUGGGGCCAUGUGGAUCCGGCACCUAAAGACCCUAUCCUCGGUGUAACCGAAGCUUUCUUGGCCGAUCCUUCUCCUCACAAAGUCAAUGUCGGAGUUGGUGCUUAUCGUGAUGAUGAUGGGAAACCUGUUGUAUUGGAUUGUGUUCGAAAAGCUGAAGCCAAAAUUGCUGGUAAUUUAAACAUGGAAUAUCUCCCUAUGGGUGGCAGUAACCACAUGGUUGAGGAAACGUUGAAGCUUGCUUAUGGUGAGAACUCUGAGUUUAUCAAAGACAAGAGGAUCGCAGCAGUACAGGCCCUCUCUGGUACUGGAGCAUGUCGACUUUUUGCUGACUUCCAAAAACGUUAUCAGCCUGAAUCUGAAAUUUACAUUCCUGUCCCAACCUGGUCCAACCAUCAUAACAUUUGGAAGGAUGCAAACGUCUCACAGAAAACAUACCAUUAUUAUCACCCAGAAUCAAAGGGAUUGGAUUUUUCAGGAAUGAUGGAUGACAUUAAGAAUGCUCCAAAAGGAUCUUUCUUUUUGCUUCAUGCAUGUGCUCACAAUCCAACUGGGGUUGAUCCUACUGAGGAACAGUGGAAAGAAAUUUCACAAUUGAUGAAGGACAAAGGGCAUUUUCCAUUCUUUGACAUGGCCUAUCAAGGGUUUGCUAGUGGAUACCCAGAAAAAGAUGCAAAGGCUAUUAGGAUUUUUCUCGAAGAUGGCCAUUCACUCGGAAUUUCCCAAUCCUUUGCCAAAAAUAUGGGACUUUAUGGUCAACGAGUAGGCUGUCUUAGUGUGCUUUGUGAAGAUGAGAAACAAGCUGUGGCUGUAAAAACUCGAUUACAGCACAUUGCAAGACCUAUGUACAGUAACCCUCCUGUUCAUGGUGCCCUUCUUGUUUCCAUUAUCCUUAGUGAUCCAGAUCUGAAGAAUCUGUGGCUCAAGGAAGUUAAGGUCAUGGCAGAUCGCAUAAUUGGAAUGAGAACAGCUUUACGCGAGAAUAUUGAAAAGUUGGGGUCACCAUUAUCGUGGGAACACAUCACAAACCAGAUUGGUAUGUUCUGCUAUAGUGGAUUAACACCGGAACAGGUUGAUCGAUUGACAAGUGAAUUCCAUAUAUACUUGACCCGAAAUGGGCGAAUCAGUAUGGCUGGUGUUACAACAAAGAAUGUCGAAUAUUUGGCAAAUGCUAUCCAUGAGGUCUCCAAAUCUUCUUAAAGGGCGUUUAUGAGGAGCUGUCAUUUUUGCGCGUAGAGAAUGUUGUUACCAAUAAGAUUGCUGUAAACAUCUAAAAGUUCUGAUACCCAUUUUACUAGAUCAGGAUAAGAUAAGGCAGCCUCUGAACUUUACAGUGAACCGUUGGGUGUUCAGUAACUGAAGAUUCAACUGUUUGCUGUUUUGUUACUAGAUUUGUUCCCCUGCAAUUAUGGGGAAGAUGCAAAGAUAAUUGUUGUGUUUCGCAAAA